CUUCUUCCAGUGGAGGAAAGUGUGUUACAACACCAUGAUUGUAAUAAUCACAUAAAUGUCUGUGUUUCAUGUAUGAGGAAUUCAUAUUGCAAUCCCAUCCAUUGUCAUUCAUGUGACACAAAGGUGACACCAACUAUAGGUCAUAACUGGGCAGCCUUGCUGAUAGCAGGGUACGAUACACGUGAUUGGGGGGCCAAAUCUUUCAAAAAGAAGAUGUGAAAGCAAUUGAGCAAGUGAUUUCUUCAAAAUGCCCUCUUGUAAUGGGUGUAAGCACUAGUAAUAUUCAAACAGUUUGUCCAGAAGAGAAAGGAAAACCAGAUAACAUGUUAGACAAAUUAAAAACAUCUAAAGAAGCCUUAAAAGGUAUAAAAGGUGUUCAAACUCUGCUUGUUUAUUAUUCCGGCCAUUAUAAGCCAGAUGAGGGGGGAUUUGAACUGGUUCAUAGCAAAGAAGGAGAGACUGGCAUUCAGUAUGAAAAACAAUAUCUUUCAGCUGAAGAUUUUCAAGAGGUUAUAUCAGAGAUUUUAUAUGGAUGUGAACCAGCCGCGGAGUCAAAGAGAACAAUAGUAUUUCUAGAUUGUUGUGCUGGGCCUGCAAUUUCACCUACUAAAGAGAAAAAAUCAAUACCAACUUCAUCUGGGGAUACAAGUCAAAAUCAAAAGCUUCCACGUUUUACUCUGAGUGAAAAUGUAAAGAUUGCACAAAUUAAUGCCAGCCGUCCAGAUCAAGUUUCGGUGGAGCAACAAGGGGGUAGCCCGUUUAGAAGGUAUCUUGUUCAGUGCCUUACAAGAGAAGCUCUGGGUGCCAAGUGUUUGAAUGAGAGCUGUAAUCAGUGCAGAAUUCAAGGGGAUUUUAUAACUAUUGAAAAACUGUUGGAUUAUUUAGGACAACAUCUGGAUCAACACCCUAAAAUGGAGCAAUAUGACCCUGUUAUGAAUUCUUACAAUGUUAGUAAAUUGGAUGCCAAAAUAGGAUAUGUUGUAAACUUCAGAGUGGAUUUAAAGUUUACAUUCAAGUUAGAUAUGAAAGUUGAUAAACAUACAAUUUCACACCUUAUGUUCACCGAGUUCAAGGAAUUACAAUGUUUGCUGUUUGAUGAAUUUGUAGAGAAAAUGGAGCUUGAUAAAUCCAUUGGAGAUGAGCCAAAAUUAGAUACAACAGAGUUAUAUGGCAUGAUUUGUAUCGAAGUUGAGAAAAUUCACCAGAGAGAUAAAAUAACUACACUGGACCAAUUGAUGACUGCAUGGAAUGCUAAACGAGAGCUUUUGGUCACAUUAAGGGCAGAGGCUGAAAUUUAUAAUGGUAUGGUUGGAAAAUUUCUACCCAACGGCCAAAGUGUGGAUCCCAUUUUAAAAUACUUGGAAAAAAGUGAUCAUGUCAGGAUGGCCUAUAAAGAUUAUAUAACUGUAGCCAAAGUUGACAUUGUGAAAAACUUUAAAAAUCUGCUUGAUGACAUUGAUGAGGAUUUGUUGGGCAAAUUUGAUGAUCAUAUGGUGGACAUUGAUAAUGCUAUGAAGCAAGACAAAGAGGAGAUAAAGAAAGUAAAGGAGCUACAUAUAGUGUUUCUUUGUAAAAUUGAUGAAAACGGGAAAAAGAUUCAUAGAAGUAACUUCAUUUGUUACCAGCUCAAGAGAGAAGAUGAUCUACUUUGAGAAUUACAGAACUUCAAGAGAGAACACACAAAUACAUGUAAUAGGAUGGUGAUGGUCAAUUGAUUUAAAGUAUUUUCUUGUAUUUAAACGGUGACAAAGAUAUAUAGAGAAUCUCAUUUUAUAUAACAUGAGAUGUUUAAGCAGCAGAGUUCUCCACUUUUCUCAGUAAUGGAUAGUUUAUUGCACUUUCUUGACAGAAACAGUUAAUUUGUGCUGGACAGUUUUUACUAGAAAGAAAUGAGCUAUGACUGUGUCCAAAGACUGUGCUUGUUUCAUAUUAUUACUAGUGGCAGAGUGGUUAAGUCAUUGACUUGAAAUGAGACAAUCUCUGUGGUAUUUUUAAUGUUUUUUUAUAAUGGCACAAAAAAUCUAGUUAUUUACUGCUUAAAAUGUUUGAAAGGAUAUUUUUGCAAAUUUUGACCUCUUGGUAAUUUACUUGAAUUGCAAGCACCAUUUGCAAUUUCUUUAUUCAAUUCUUUAUUCAAUUCACAAUAUUUUACUUUUAAAUACAUUUUCAAAAUUUUGCGAAAAUUAGACUAAUGUACAAGAAUAUAUACUGUUUAUUAGACAUUAUGUAUACUUUUAAAUGUUUUGAGUUGCAUCAGAAAUUCUUUUAUUCAUUUGACUGAAUUAUAUGACUGGCCUCCAUUAAAUGGGAGUUGAAAAAUUGAGCAUUUUGCUUGAAAGUUAAUACAUUUGUACCAGUAUUUUAGUACUUGUAGUUAAAAUUGUGAAAGGCACAUUAAGCCUCAGAAACAAAUAUUUUUCCUUCUUCAGAAAUGUCAAAAAAGAGUUUUAUCAUGUUUAAGAGCAUGUUAAAUGCUUAUUACUUAAGAAAAUAGCACUAAAAUGAAAUUAUUUGUUAUAGCAAAAUGUGAACAAAGUAGUAUUUGGACUUCCUUUCAAAAUAUUAACUCACCAUUACUGUUCUAAUUGCCAAAAAGCAACAGAAGCAAAAGGUAGUUAAGUUAUUUGGCCAUUGAGAAACUUUAUAGACAAUAUAAUAGGGCAUCAAAAAUGCAGAGUUUUGAGGAAUAGAAAUAAAUGCAUUUCUGGGGCAUAAUGGGCUAUUAUAAAUAAUGAGUGUAAUACAUGAAAGGAAGUGAACAAAUGUAUUUUGGAUAGUUAUGAAAUCUUUAAUGAGCU